UUUGUGAAAUCACAUUUUAAUUUAAUUCAAUAGCUUUUUUACGAGUAUUUCUUUUGGGUAUUUUUUCAUACUUUGGGUAAUCACAUUGAAAUUUCGUAUAUCUACCAUAGCGUUUUAUUUGGUUCUCACGAGACUGUUAGAGUACGAAGAGAACUUGGUGUUCGCUCGUAACGUACACUCCGCUACAAUGGUGAUAAAACCAUUUAUAUAGUCUACACUUUAGAGAAUUCCGGAAAAAAAACACAGCAUCACGUGAGAUAUCAAGUUUUACUCGUAAACAGGUUGACUCGUAUUAGGACAAGGUCAGAGCAGGCCCUGUACUGAUCCCUGGUUUUAGCCUGAAACACUCUGAGCAGUGGCACCGAAAGAACACUACGCCUGGAGCUAUAGCAUACACAGCGGAAAACUGAAUAAAACUUUGGGACAAUCUUGCAACCAAUCCAGCAAUGUAUUUGUCAGUAAUUUGCAUAGUCGCCAUAUUGUCGACUGUUACACUUGUGAACGGCGACAAGGAAAAAUAUUCAAACUAUUACGCCAACCGGAAACAGCUGCAUAAAGAAAAACCGUCAAGGGGACUCGGGCCUUUACCUUCUCCACAUGCGAAGGAGGACGACGACGACGAGACUUCCGGAUGUACGUUGAAGGUGGAGUGUAAGAACAAGAAAGGGGAACCAGGAUAUCCUGGUCCAGCAGGACUCCCUGGUCAUCCCGGACCUCGGGGUGUAAAUGGAUAUGAUGGACAAAAAGGCGAAAAGGGUGAAUCUGGACUCUCCGGAUCCCCAGUGUCUUUCCUCGUCGCUCUGGAUUCCAAUGCGGGUCCGCUGGAUGGACAGGUGUUAAAGUAUAAACAAGUGCUCGUCAACCAUGGAUCAGCUUAUAAUACGGACAGAGGCAUAUUCACCGCCCCGUACUCUGGCGUAUAUGUCUUUAAUAUCGUUGUAGCAGCUAUGGAGGGAAAAACGGCGGCCGUCCAGUUAUUUCAAACUGGUGAAGGGGAUGACCAGUGGGUUGUAACAGUUUGGGCAGAGAGUCUUCCAAGUUGGGGCACGUCAUCGAAUACUAUCUAUCUGUCCCACUCACCCAGGGACAGCAAGUCUACCUGAUUGCACGGCCUAAUCUUAAUUCCUAUUACUACGCCAGCAGGUAUACAACGUUCAGCGGACAUAAGGUAGCAUCUGAGGUAUAGACGAUACUCUCAUUUACGAUUGAAGAUAAAAGAUGUUGGCAUAUAAAUAAAAUAAGAAAACAAA